AUGGAUAUUAGGUUUUUUCCAGGUGUUAAGGCCAAGAUUACAACAAUUGCUAAGAGCUUCAAAAAGCUAGGGCAAGAUGACCCAAGAAGACUCACUCACUCCUUCAAAGUGGGACUUGCUCUAACUUUGGUAUCAUUGUUGUACUAUGCUAGGCCUCUCUAUAAUGGUUUUGGGGUGGCUGGAAUGUGGGCAGUGCUGACUGUGGUUGUUGUAUUCGAAUUCACAGUAGGUGGAACUCUAAGCAAGUGUUUAAAUAGAGGAUUUGCAACAUUUCUAGCUGGUGGACUUGGAAUUGCAGCAGAUUACUUUGCAAGUCUCUUUGGAAAGAAAGGAGAACCCAUUGUCCUAGGGAUCCUUGUUUUUCUACUAGCUGCAGCAGCAACAUAUACAAGAUUUUUCCCGAGGAUGAAAGCAAGAUAUGAUUAUGGAGUUAUGAUUUUUAUACUGACAUUCAGCAUGGUAGCUGUGUCGGGGUAUCGAGUGGAUGAACUGGUUGUCCUAGCUCACCAAAGACUAUCCACAAUUGCAUUGGGAGGAGCAACUUGUAUGAUUAUUUCCAUUUUUAUUUGUCCAGUUUGGGCUGGUGAUGAUCUUCACAACGAAGUCGCUUCCAACCUUGAAAAGCUCGCUACUUACCUUGAAGGAUUUGGAGAUGUAUAUUUUGUAUCGUGCAAAGAUGAAGGGAGUGGUGUGGAUUCAAAGGAUGACAAUGGUAAUAGCAAAUCACUUUCUCAGGGAUACAAGAGUAUUCUAAACUCAAAGAACAACGAAGAGUCUUUGGAAAAUUUUGCGAGAUGGGAACCUGGGCAUGGCGGGUUCCAAUUUCGUCAUCCUUGGAAACACUACUUGAAGAUCGGUGCUCAUGCUCGACAAUGUGCCUAUAACAUCGAAGUUAUUAAUAUCUGCAUUGAUUCUGAUAACCAAGUAUCAGAAUAUUUCAAAAGAAAAAUCGAAGGGCCAUAUUCAAGAAUGAGUGCAGAAUGCGGCAAGGCACUAAAAGCAUUAGCCACAUCCAUGAAAACAAUGACACAUCCUUCCACGGCGAAACUCAAUGUCGACAACUCCAAAGCCGCCAUGAAAGACCUCAAGUUCGCUCUCGAAGCUGCCUCCAUAGAGAAUGCGGACUUGCUAGCCAUAGUUCCGGCUGCCACGGUCGGUUUGGUCCUGGUCGAGAUAGCCAAAUGCGUCGAGAAAAUUUCAGAAGCAAUGCAUGAACUUUCGGAACGAGCCCAUUUCAGCAAGACUGUGGAACCAACUGUUUCACCGGAGAAACCACAGCAGUUGCUUCACGGGGGAAUAGUCCGACCUGUUUCGGAGGAUACCGAUGAUGCGCACAAUGGAAAUGAUGAUAAUGUUGUUAUCACGAUACAUGAAAUAUCCAGUGAUUCGCCGGAGAAUGAGAAGAGUGAUGAGCAUCGGGUGCCAAGGCCCGGCCAAGUGUAAUUUGUUGUUGCUAACAUGUGACUGGCUAGCAUCUUUAUUUUAUUUAAGUUUGUAAUGUAAGUACCAUUUUUCAAUAUGGGGCAAUAGGAACAAAUUUAAUUUCAAAUCCUUAACAGUUUUGUAUUAAUUCAAUCUCCUCCUGAAUUGGUAGUUCUUUCUUAUGUUGCUUCUUUAUAUUAGAGCUUUUGUUU